GUCAAUUUGAAAAUAAUAUUUUAAUUGACCAACAAUUAAUUAUUAUUUGGCUGUAUAAAACACUUUUUAAUUGACAAUAUUGCACUGUUUAAUUUCUUCCAUUCUCCAGGUUUUUUUUUCUGCUGUGGUAAACCAUGCUGGCAGCGUUAACUCUGGCCUCCCUGAGCCUUUUGGUGUGGGCAUCAGACCUCUGCCCCCCAACCUGCCAAUGUCUGUACAACCUGACUUCCGUUACAUGUCAGCAGAAAGGACUGGACCAGAUCCCUGAGCUGCCAGAGGGCUCAGAGCAGCUGUACAUCUCAUACAACAAGAUACAGGAAAUACCCCGCCGUGGGCUGGAGAAGCUGCAGAUCUUGGACCUGACUAAGAAUCAGCUGAAUGUCUUCCUAUCCCUCAACCCUUGGCCCAAAAUGACAAAGCUGUCCAAGCUCUUCCUACGUGACAAUGGCCUGAGGUCUCUACAUGCUGGUCAGUUCCCAAACUGCACUGCUCUCCAAUUACUAGACCUGAGUGAGAACCUGCUUGAAUAUAUACCAAUCGGAUUCCUUGGUGGAUUAGUUAACCUGAAGAUACUGUUUCUGAAUUUUAACAAGAUCAGCAGGUUACAGGUUGGUGGACUGGAAGGGGCCUUCGCCCUUGCUGACCUCCACCUCAGCCAUAAUGUUAUAACAGAGAUAGAGGGGGGUGUUUUUACAAACUCCACAGCAUUAGAUAAACUUGUUCUUUCAAAUAACAGAAUCAUGAGGGUGGAUGAGGCCGGUUUUAGUGGAGCGAUAAGUCUCAAACACCUUGACCUGAGUGGUAACCAGCUGGUCACUGUUCCAGCUGAGGCACUGAGCGAUGUAAAGAGGCUCAAGUUUCUGAAUCUAAAGAUGAACAGCAUCAUCAAUCUUCCAGACGACUGCUUCUCUUCACUCGGCCUGUUGGAUCAUCUGGAUUUGAGCAACAAUAAACUGACCACUGUUUCUGAGGCAUCACUGAGAGGUCUGACCAUGCUGAGUGAGCUGGACCUCAGUGCCAAUCUCAUAGAUUCUCUUCCCUCAAAAGUCUUCAGUGACCUGAUCAAACUCGAGGUACUUGAUUUGUACAGGAACAGACUGACGUCUCUUCCUCUGGACAUAUUAGGUAACUUGACCAACCUGCGACAGCUGCAGCUGGACAGCAAUCAGAUCUCUGCCCUUCCAGAUGGGGUAUUUGAUGCUCUGUCCAGACUCAACGAGUUACAGCUGUCAAACAACCACAUCCUGGAGCUCCAUCCUGCUCUGUUCACCAAGCUCAAGUCGCUACAGAACCUGUACUUGGAUCACAACACUCUGAGGCACCUUCCCAAUGGACUUCUCCACAGGACGAGUGACCUCAGAGAGAUAGACCUCAAUGACAACCACAUUAGCUCUCUACAUCCCUCAGUCUUCCAAGGUUUAGUGAGGGUACAUUCGCUGAGGCUCUCUCAUAACCACCUCUCCUCUUUACACUCAGACCACUUCAGAGACCUUGUCGGCUUAAAGGAGUUAAAACUCAAUGGAAACAAUAUAGGCAAACUUCCUACAGGCCUGUUCAUGAAUCUAGCAAAUCUCACAACACUGGAUCUGGACAACAACUGCCUCUCAGAGCUGUCUCAUGAUGACCUUGUCAGGCUAACCUGCCUUAAAGAGCUCAGGUUGAGCUUCAAUCAGCUCCAUGACAUCCCUUUCAACACCUUCCAUCUCCUCCACAACCUCCGCAGGCUUCAUCUGAUGAACAACAGCCUGGUUAGUUUACACCCUCAGCUCUUUGCCCGGCUUUCGAAGCUAAGAGAACUAAACUUGGAGGGAAACAAGCUGGAUCACCUGCAGCGUGACGUCUUUCAAGGACUGAAAAACCUCCACAGAUUGAGUUUGAAGUCCAACCAGCUCAGAGCAGUGGAGAAUGGGACCUUGGAGCCUUUGAGAAAGCUUAAUUCUAUCUGUCUGUCAGGUAACGUGUGGGACUGCACCUGUGCACGUGUUCUCUACAUCAGCUGCUGGGUCAACAAGCACAGAGACAAGCUAGGAGAUCGGCCAACCUGCUUCUUCUACUCUUCAUCGACUUUAUCACCCCUUACUGAGGAUACACUCUCACACCCAGCAAUGCCCCGCCUCAUGUUACAAGAUUAUUGCACUGCAAAUACUGCAAGCAGCUCAUCAGCUUCGUUUCCUCUGAAAACCCUCUAUCUGCUCACGACUUUUCUCACAGCAGUCAGCCCAUCAUGACAUCCUUUGUAGUGGUUUUAUCCUCUGUAGCCU